CACCCUCGCGCCCCGCGCCUCCGACUCCCAGACCCCACGACCCGGCUCCGGCGCUGGUUUGGCGGCCUGGGUCGGAGAAGGCACCUCGCCCCGGACCCCCUAUGCCCCGCAGCUCAGUGACUCUUCCCCUCGCCCUCCGCCUUCCCCGCCGCAGCCCGGCUCCGCCUCCCAAUGGGGAAACAUCCCAAAAAAGGGCAGAAAAGAAAUUUCAGCAUGAAGUUGGCCCACUGGGAAAGAGAGGAGCGUCCGCGGGGAGCGGGGGAGAAGAGGGAAGGCGCGCGGAGGGGAGUGGGGCCAGGCGGAGCCGGGGGCGGGGAGCGGAGGGGCUCGGGACGCGUCCGGGUGGGAGCGGGGGCGGGGAACGCGCGGUGACCAGCCCGGCCGCAGCCGCGUGGAAAAUAUGCGGGGCACGUGGGGGGCGGGGCGGGGAGCUGGGUCCUGAGCCGCCGGGUGCUCGCAGGAAGGGCCUGGCUCCAGGGGCAGGGGCUGGGAGGGGAGGCGAGGGGAUGAGAGGUCAGGCCGGUCCUGGGGGCAGCAAGCCCGGCCACACUUCCCACCGCGACCAGGGCUCUGGGCUCGCUUCCUGCUUCAGUUUCCCCAAGCUCCCGAUGAGACUCCGCUACUACCACCACGUCGAUAACGCAAACCUAGAGGGACUCAGGGUAAACUGAGGCACGCAAACUGCCGAGGAGCUCCUCCUCCCAAGAGACAUUUAAUCCGGGGGGAUUUGCAGGAAACUUCUAAAUUAAGGGUAGCGGCUGCUGCAGCUGAGGGGGGGCACGCCGGUCCCUGCGCCCGGGCAGCUGCCGUGAGCUCACGCCCCGAAAUAGCCCCAGGGGCCCCAGCCGCAGCUGCCACUGGGUCCGGCUGUCACUCAGAGGAAGCACGGAGCCCCCAGCCCAAGGGUCCCCUCCCCUUCGCAGCGCCGGGGUUUUUGCAGCCGACCGUCGGCCACAUUUUCCUCCGACGGCUGGCAGGGAAGAGGGGAAUGGGGGCGGGACCCCAAGGGAGGCGGUCCCCAGUGGGUGGGCGAAGGGGGCGGCCGCACCCCCCGGCCGGGCCGUGCUUCUGCCCCUACAAGGUUUGGGCCGAGGUGGGGGAGGGUCCUGGUUGCCGGCCCCGCCCGGUCCCUCCCCGCCUUUUAGGCGCCCGCGUGGCCGGGACGUCCCAGUCCCCCUCGGUCCUCCUCGCCUGCUACCGCUGCACCCAGUCCGCUCAGCCAGCGCAGUCCGUCCGGUCCUCACCGCCUGCCGGCCGGCCCACCCCCCACCGCAGCCAUGGACGCCAUCAAGAAGAAGAUGCAGAUGCUGAAGCUGGACAAGGAGAACGCCAUCGACCGCGCCGAGCAGGCCGAAGCCGACAAGAAGCAAGCUGAGGACCGCUGCAAGCAGCUGGAGGAGGAGCAGCAGGCCCUCCAGAAGAAGCUGAAGGGGACAGAGGAUGAGGUGGAAAAGUAUUCUGAAUCCGUGAAGGAGGCCCAGGAGAAACUGGAGCAGGCCGAGAAGAAGGCCACUGAUGCUGAGGCAGAUGUGGCCUCCCUGAACCGCCGCAUUCAGCUGGUUGAGGAGGAGCUGGACCGGGCCCAGGAGCGCCUGGCUACAGCCCUGCAGAAGCUGGAGGAGGCCGAGAAGGCGGCUGAUGAGAGCGAGAGAGGAAUGAAGGUCAUCGAAAACCGGGCCAUGAAGGAUGAGGAGAAGAUGGAACUGCAGGAGAUGCAGCUGAAGGAGGCCAAGCACAUCGCUGAGGAUUCAGACCGCAAAUAUGAAGAGGUGGCCAGGAAGCUGGUGAUCCUGGAAGGAGAGCUGGAGCGCUCGGAGGAGAGGGCUGAGGUGGCCGAGAGUAAAUGUGGGGACCUAGAGGAGGAGCUGAAAAUUGUUACCAACAACUUGAAAUCCCUGGAGGCCCAGGCGGACAAGUAUUCCACCAAAGAAGAUAAAUACGAAGAGGAGAUCAAACUGUUGGAGGAGAAGCUGAAGGAGGCUGAGACCCGAGCAGAGUUUGCCGAGAGGUCUGUGGCAAAGUUGGAGAAAACCAUCGAUGACCUAGAAGAUGAAGUCUAUGCCCAGAAGAUGAAGUACAAGGCCAUUAGCGAGGAACUGGACAACGCACUCAAUGACAUCACCUCCCUCUGAGCCCCACGCCAGCGCGGCCACCUCAGCUCUCUUCUCUCCUCUCCUUUCCAUUCUCUCUAUGGGGAGGGGAGCAGGCAGGAGGAGCAGAAAUUGCCAACAUUGCACAGCCAGGCUGGGAGCAGCCUAGGGAGAGCCCCCAUCAUGCCCACCACCCACUCUGGCACUGGCUUCAUCCUUUACCUAUCCCCUUCCACCCUCCUUUGCUGCUUAAUAAACUCUGAACUUGGUCUCUAUGCUGUUUUCCUGCCCUCCAGAGAGCACCUCUAUCACCACCACGGAGCACUGGUUCACUCCUGACACGCUGCCUCUUACUGACAUCCCCAGCCCCUGCACUGAGCCCACCCACAAAACACCAUGGCCCACGCUGAAGCCCCUCUGCACAGGCACUCCCUGGCUGUCGCUCUCUGACUCACCGCUGCAUGUGGGCACGUGUGGCCCCAUCAAACCAUGACCGCCUCUGGUGCCAAUCCCUGACCUCAGAGCACUUAGCUGGGGUUCCAGGAUCAAACAGAGUGACUGGAAAGGAAGUAGGGUGGUGAGGUGCAGGACAGGGGCAAGAAGGUUGCAAAAGGUCUGGAAUGGAGCUUGGAAAAAUGUUGGAUAUCAGCAACAUGGGGCUUUCACUGCAGCAGCAGGUCUGUUUUCUACCUCAAGUCUGUCUGUCUGGCCCUUCCUUUCCUGGCGCAGUCUUUGUCUUACCUUCUGUCUCCAACUUUCUUAAAACUUCUAAAGAAGAGGAUAAAGUAGUUUAUGACUCAGGCCUCCCCACCCCACCUCUAUGACCCCAAGGCCUUGAGUGAGGCAUCCACGUCCGUCCUGUUCCCCUCAUCCUAGUCAGUCCAUCUGUUUGUCUCUGCCAUGGGGCCCUGAGGUCCCUGAAUGCAUGUGUCUUCCUUGACCUACUCCAUGUCUAUAUGUCACCUUCCCCUGGCCCUGCCUCCCCACGUCUCCCCCUUGUGUCUCCCUUCUCCCUCACCUGCUGCUUCCCCUCACAGAGACCUUGGCCAGUGCCAAGGAGGAGAACGUCGAGAUUCACCAGACCUUGGACCAGACCCUGCUGGAACUCAACAACCUGUGAGGGCCAGCCCCACCCCCAGCCAGGCUAUGGUUGCCGCCCCAACCCAAUAAAACUGAUGUUACUAGCCUCUCAA